GAAGCUGAACAAGAAUGAGCUGGAGUGGCUGGGGGCGGGAGACAUUUGGCAAGAGGACCAGUCGCCGGAGCUUUAACUGUAGCUGCAGCUUUACAAGCCGUGUGUAGCUCUUGAGGGAUUUCUCUUGAUCUGUUGAUACGUUAAGUGUUGAUGAUGGUGGCCACAACGCGGCGCAACUCGAGACGGCAUGGCAUUGCUUGUUGGGCCCCAUAAUAAUGCGGAGGGGAUGGAUUCCCCGGGGAAAGGGCCCAUAAAGGUGCGACAUGGCGCGAUAGGUGCUUAGUCAUGUACACCAGUGGGCAGCUAGACAGUAGUGGUAGCCAGGAUGGCUCAAGUUGGGGAGGUCUUCCAGAGCGGCUCCUGGAGAGUGCACUUGUAAUGCAUACUGAGGCGGAUAAGCAAUUCGAUGAGGAGGCGACGCCUUGGGUGGAGCAGGUCGGGCUACACCCCCGCGCCUACCUUUUCCACAACUUCCUCACCAAGGCUGAGCGCGCGCACAUGGUUCGACUCGCAGCCCCAAAGCUGAAGCGCUCUACGGUUGUUGGCUCCAAGGGUGAGGGCGUGGUCGAUAACAUCCGGACUAGCUUCGGCAUGUUCAUUCGCCGCCUGUCAGACCCCAUCAUCGCACGAAUUGAGAAGCGCAUCUCCCUCUGGACGCACCUUCCUAUUGAGCACCAGGAGGACAUUCAGGUGCUCCGUUACGCGCACGGGCAGACGUAUGGCGCCCACUACGACUCAGGCGCGUCCUCGGACCAUGUCGGGCCCAAGUGGCGCCUGGCCACCUUCCUGAUGUACCUGUCCGACGUGGAGGAGGGCGGUGAGACGGCCUUCCCUCAGAACAGCGUCUGGUACGACCCCACCAUCCCUGAGCGCAUCGGCCCCGUCUCGGAAUGUGCCAAGGGCCAUGUCGCCGCGAAACCCAAGGCCGGGGACGCCGUACUGUUCUACUCCUUCCUCCCCAACAACACCAUGGACCCAGCCGCCAUGCACACGGGUUGCCCCGUGAUCAAGGGCAUCAAGUGGGCGGCUCCCGUGUGGAUGCACGACAUCCCCUUCCGCCCGGAGGAGGUCCAGGGCGGCAAGCAGCUCAUCAUGGACCGCGACCCCGAGGCGGGCCUGUGCGUCGACGGUCACCCGCGUUGCGGCGAGUGGGCCGCUGCCGGCGAGUGUGAGAAGAACCCCAUGUACAUGGCGGGGGGUCCCAACAGCCUGGGUACGUGCCGUAAGAGCUGCCGUACCUGCGAGACGUGCCGCAGCGGCGACAUGGAAUGCAUCAACCGCAACCGUGAGCGUGGCGGCUACUGGAAGCUGAACAAGGAUGAGCUGGAGUGGCUGGGGGCGGGAGACAUUUGGCAAGAGGACCAGUCGCCCGAGCUGUGA